CGAGUGCUUGACCAGGACGAGGGCGCGAUGGCGGCAUCAGGCAGCAGGCAUCAUCAGCAAGCAGCUGGUGCUGCUGGACGCCAUGAAGAGGCGACGUCGCGGGAGUCUGUGCGUUUGCUCGCUUGCAUGCAAGUCAAACACGCGCGCAGCGCCGAGUCGAGCUUCUAGCCAGCCACGGCGUAGGCGUGCCUGCACCCGCAUACAUUCGUGCACCCAUCAAGCGUCUAUUCGGUGGUCAUCAUCUCCCUUUUCGCGGUCGAUCGUCGUCUCGCACACAACACAGCUUCGGAUACCGUUCAGCACAUCGGCCGCAGCCCUCUCGAACUCGACCCGGUCGCAAUUCAUCACGACGAUUUCACCGACGGCCUCCUCGCUUGGCCAAAGUUACUGCACCAAGCUCUUCUCAUCUCGGAGCUUACCCAAAGUCGGCCCGCAGAGCAUCCUUUGCUCCCCUUUCCUUCCGACUCGAACCUACUCAGCUUCAUCUUGACUUUUGUCUUACGGCCCGAGCACCCGCUAUUGCCGCAUUUACAAACGUUUCCAUAACGCGCAAAGGGGCGCGACGCUCAAAAUUAGAGCAAAGGAUCGGGCCGCGUGCAGGUUCCUUCUCGCCUCAGCAGUCGCCCCCCACCCUCGCUUUGUGGGCUGAGCAUUGGCAGCACUC